AUGAGGAUACUACCGCUGGUCGUGUUGGUCGCAUGUUUGGCGAGUGGAGCGUGGGCGCGGCCGCAGGACGACGCAGAGCCGCGAGGCGUCAAUAGGGGACUGCUGAAACGUGGCCUGGUCGGCAAGGGAAAGACCACAACCACCACACCAGCACCACAGGAAGAGGUAGAAUACGAAGACGAAGGGGACUACCCCGCAGAAGGCGAAGCUCAAGAACCGUCAACUGAAGCCGCCCCUUCUUCCACUGAAGGAAAGAAAUUAGUCGCGGGUGGAAUCCGCCCCUUUAGAAGUAACACCGAUCUUUUAGAAGCCUUAAAGAGAAGGCGCCUUCAGGCCGCUGAAGCCAAAAGCUCCGGUUCGCCUGCGUCGCAGCAUUCCGAGAAUCAACCGGAAGCGCCUGCUAAAGCCAACUACAACAAAAAGCGUUUUAACACGGCGACGCGAGAGACCAAGGCGGAGGACGCGCCCGCGCCCGCGCCUGCGGCCGCCCCCGCGCCUGCCAAACCAAGUAGAGGACGAUUUGGAAGACCAUCAUCAAGAUCAAUCCAAGAGAGUGAACUUGAAGAACAAAAUGACGCAACUCCCUCCGCAAGGACAGGCAGAAAUUUCUCCAGACGAGGAAAU